UUGGGUUAGCGGUGCUUGGGUCCAGGAGCAACAUGGCGGCGGCCGUGAGGGGCUGCUAGCUUUGGGCAAAGGUAGCGUCUAGUGUGGCUGUCUUGCGUGAUAGAGACCGAUUGAAGCUUUCCCGGACCGCCUGACUUAAGGAAGAGUGUGCAGGAAGACGCACAGCUUCAGUGACUGCCCGUCCGUUCUUUUUGUCCAAAAGAAGCCGAGUCCCGAGCACUAAUCAGGAUGAGCAACAUCUACAUCCAGGAGCCUCCCACAAAUGGGAAGGUUUUAUUGAAAACUACAGCCGGAGAUAUCGACAUAGAGUUGUGGUCAAAAGAAGCCCCUAAAGCUUGCAGAAAUUUCAUCCAGCUUUGUUUGGAAGCUUAUUAUGACAACACCAUAUUUCAUAGAGUUGUGCCUGGGUUUAUAGUCCAAGGGGGAGAUCCCACUGGCACAGGGACUGGUGGAGAGUCUAUUUAUGGAGCCCCAUUCAAGGAUGAAUUUCAUUCACGGCUGCGUUUUAAUCGGAGAGGACUGGUUGCCAUGGCAAAUGCUGGUUCUCAUGAUAAUGGCAGCCAGUUUUUCUUCACACUGGGUCGAGCAGAUGAACUUAACAAUAAGCAUACCAUCUUUGGCAAGGUGACAGGGGACACAAUAUAUAACAUGCUGCGACUGACAGAAGUGGACAUUGAUGAUGAAGAAAGACCACGUAAUCCACACAAAAUAAGAAGUUGUGAGGUUUUGUUUAAUCCUUUUGAUGACAUCAUUCCAAGGGAAAUUAAAAAGCCAAAAAAAGAAAAACCAGAGGAGGAAGUAAAGAAAUUGAAACCCAAAGGCACAAAAAAUUUUAGUUUACUUUCCUUUGGAGAGGAAGCUGAGGAAGAAGAAGAGGAAGUAAAUCGAGUUAGCCAGAGCAUGAAGGGAAAAAGCAAAAGUAGUCAUGACUUGCUUAAGGAUGAUCCACAUCUCAGUUCUGUUCCAGCUGUUGAAAGUGAAAAAGGUGAUACAACAAGAGAUUUAAAUGAUGAUGGAGAUGAAAAUGCUGAGCAUGGUGACUAUAUUGAUGGUGAUGAAAAGAACCUGAUGAGAGAAAGAAUUGCGAAAAAGUUAAAAAAGGACACAAGUGCAAAUGUUAAAUCAGCUGGAGAGGGAGAUGGAGAGAAGAAAUCAGUCACUCGCAGUGAAGAGCUCAGAAAAGAAGCAAGACAAUUAAAACGGGAACUCUUAGCAGCAAAACAAAAAAGAGUAGAUAAUGCAGCAAAACAAGGAGAAAACAGAAAUGAAGAGAAAGAAGCAACUCCAGAUGGUGCUCUUGCAGAAUACAGACGAGAAAAGCAAAAGUAUGAAGCUUUGAGGAAGCAACAGACAAAGAAAGGAACUUCCCGGGAAGACCAGACUCUUGCACUGCUGAACCAGUUUAAAUCUAAGCUCACUCAAGCAAUUGCUGAAACUCCUGAAAAUGACAUUUCCGAAACAGAAGUAGAAGAUGAUGAAGGAUGGAUGUCACACGUACUUCAGUUUGAGGAUAAAAGUAGAAAAGUGAAAGAUGCAAGCAUGCAAGACUCAGACACAUUUGAGAUCUAUGAUCCUCGGAAUCCAGUGAAUAAAAGAAGAAGGGAAGAAAGCAAAAAGCUGAUGAGAGAGAAAAAAGAAAGAAGAUAAAAUGAGAGUAAUGAUAACCAGAACUUGCUAGAAAUGUGCCUGCAAUAAAUGGCCUUGUAACAGCCAUUGUUCCCACAGCAUCACUUAGGGGUGUGAAAAGAAGUAUUUUUGAACCUGUUGUCUGGUUUUAAAAAAGAAUUAUCUUGCUUUGCAAAUUGUAAAGUGAUGUAAGCAAAUGCUUUUGGUUACUGGUACAUGCUUUUUUUCCUGAUUAACCUUUUAUAUUGCUAAACCUGAAAUAAAAUCAUUUUCUUUCCAGUUUACUUACAUGUUAA